CUUUGGUCAUAAUCGGACUAGGCCGACCCUCUUCCACGGUUCAUCACCCCAGACUGCCCUUAUCUGCCCCCAAUCUUCGCCACGCGACUGCAUAUCUCCGGCUUCCUUCCCGGUUAGUUCGCCUUUAGGGCCGGGACCACGCCAAUCACCGAACCCCCCCUUCCCCCCGCGUCCAGAAGUGACUCACGGGGUGAUCCUUUCGAGUCACUCUACAGACGGACAUUUAACACUCAUUAAAGAGGUGUACAUAACCCUACCAAACACCCCUCAAUUCCUCCUCAACCACUCCCCCCCCAAACCCCUCAAAAUGCCCUUCACCAUCCGCUACGCGACAGAGCAAGACGCUCCCAACCUCGCCAUAAUCAACAUCGUCAGUUUCCGGCACCAACCCAUGUGGGACAACCUCUUCCCGAGCGUCAACAUCGACGGCGUCCUCCCCCUCAAGACCGCCCGGUGCCUCGACAAGCUCGUCUCGCCCCAGGUCCACGUCGUGGCCGCGGUCGACGACGAAACGGGCCAGAUCAUCGGGUACGCGCGGUGGGUGAUCCCCGGCGAGCCGACAAGCGUGGUGGAGUUAUCUCCCGUGGGGGCCGAGACCCUCGCGGGGCAUGCCAACGGGAAGGCCUACCCCGAGAACAUGAGGAAGGAUGUCCACGCCCGGUUUUGGGACAUGUUGAAGGGCAAGCAGGAGAGUUAUGUCCAGGAGGAUGAUUUUGUCCUUGAAUUCCUAGCCACCAUCCCCGAGGCACAAGGGAAGGGUGUCGGGACGGCGCUUCUCCGGUGGGGCCUGGAGCGCGCGGACGCCAGGAACGCCAGGGUGUAUCUUGAAGCCACCACGGAUGGAUACUCGCUGUAUCGCAAGUUUGGGUGGGAGGAUCUGGAGGAGAUGAGGAUGGAUUUCACGGAGCUUGGGGGGAGGGGGGCGCAGUCUUGUAUAGAGAGUGAUACAUGUACGGCUGUCUAUCAAGUACUGGGCGAGGAUUGA